AUGAGCUCACCUUUGGCGUCUCUUAGAAAGACCCGGAGAGUGCCCCUGUCAUCAGAGCCUGUGAAUCUAGGGAGACGAGGGAUAAAAAUCUACGGAGAUGAAGAUGAGGUGGAUAUGCUGAAUGAUGGACAUGACUCGGAAGAAAGAUUCUCGGUCCCUUCCUGCUAUGGAAACAUAGGCGCCCCUGUGGGUAGGCAAGGUGCUGUGCUUCGGAACUCAGACACGAUGUCCUCCAUGGCCAGGAAGUUGCAGGAUCUGGAGCAGCAGGUGAAGACCCAGUCCAUGGAGAUACUGUCCAAGGAUAAGAAGAUACUGGCCCUGGAGGACUUGGUGCAGAGCCUUCAGCAGAACCAGUGCGGGGCGGCCCUGCAGCGGCAGGAGGAACUGGAGAACAUGUGCACGCAGCUACAACGGCAGGUCAAUGAGAUGGAGCGGUUCCUCAGUGACUACGGCCUACAGUGGGCGGGCGAGCCCAUGGACCAGGAGGACUCAGAGGGCAAGACAGUCUCAGAGACUAGCGACAAGGACUGGAUGACGGUCAAGAAAUUCUGGAAGCCAGGGGAUUCAGUGGUGCCUCCAGAGGUGGACUUUGAUAAGCUGCUAGCCAGCCUGAAGGACCUCAGUGAACUGGUGGUAGAGGGCGAAAGCCAGGUGACACCAGUCCCUGGGGGGGCACGUCUCCGAGCCCUGGAACCUAUCCCACUGAAACUCUACCGGAAUGGCAUCAUUAUGUUUGAUGGGCCCUUCCGGCCCUUCUACGAUCCCUCCACACAGCGCUGCCUCCGAGACAUAUUGGAUGGUUUUUUCCCCUCGGAGCUCCAGCGACUAUAUCCUGAUGGAGUCCCCUUUAAGGUGAGCGAUCUUCGAAAUCAGUUCUACCCAGAGAAUGGGCUGGACCCAUUCCCAGGUGAGGGCCGAGAGGUAGGCCAACAGAGCCUAUGCAAGGCCUCAGGCAGUUUGGACAACUCAGGCUCCAGGAUGACUGCUGAGAAGUUUCUAAACAGGCUCCCCAAGGUUGUGAUCCGGCAAGGCGAGGUGGUUGACAUCCGGGGUCCUAUCCGCAACACCCUACAGAACUGCUGCCCUUUGUCAGUCCGGAUACAAGAGAUCAUGGUGGAGACGCCUGCUUUGGCCGCAGAGCGUGAGAGGAGCCAGGAAUCACCUGAGACACCAGCGCCCCCACUCUGCAUGCUGCGCAUCAAGUCCGAGAACUGUGAGAAGGCAUUCCUGCUGAUGAUGUGGCCCAAGGAAACCGUGGGCGACGUGCGUGCCCUGCUAGCGAAGUUCAGGGCCACGGACCCCACUGCCUUCGAGAUCUUCAGCACCUUCCCGCCUACAAUCUACGAUGACGACACGCUCACGCUGCAGGACGCAGGCCUAGUGCCCAACGCAACACUGCUGUUGCGGGCACAUCGGGCCCCACCACCCGUCUUCAAGGCCCACCCCGGUUUUGGUCCAGAGCCUGGUCCGGGCCCUGAAUAA